UCAAGCAUAUAUGCACAGUUUUAUCCCCAACAUAUCUAUCAAAAUGUUAUCAAAGUACCAAUCCUGUGUAUAGAAUACCUAACACAUUAACAUCUAAGGCUAAGCAAAUCAUAAAGACAGAAUUUAAUUGAGGUAAAAAAAAAAAGUCUACAUCUGCUCUUGUCUUUCAAAUAUAAUUUAAACUUUAAAUAAAAGAGCGUUUAUGAAGGAAUAUAGGUCGGCAUGGUCAAUCUGGACAGGAUUUUGGGUCAGCCAAAAAAAAAGGAUGAAUUGAAAUCCCGCACGAUCCUCCAUUCAAAACUCGCGCCCUCUAGAUCAUCAAGCAAGAAGCAACAGUGUUCAAUGUGAUAGUGGUGAGCGGUGUAGCGUGGAUGUGUGCGUCCGUCAAUCUUUCGCAGCUACGCCUUUCCGUGAGGCGGCUGGAGCAGGAAAUCGCCGAGCCGUGCUGCAGAGAGGAAAGGAUGGCAGGUGGUGCCGCGGUGAACACUCCCAACACAUGCAGGAGGAAAGAAAGGAUGGCAGGUGGUGCCGCGGUGAACACUCCCAACACAUGCAGGAGGAAAGAAAGGAUGGCAGGUGGUGCCGCGGUGAACACUCCCAACACAUGCAGGAGGAAAGAAAGGAUGGCAGGUGGUGCCGCGGUGAACACUCCCAACACAUGCAGGAGGAAAGAAAGGAUGGCAGGUGGUGCCGCGGUGAACACUCCCAACACAUGCAGGAGGAAAGUGAGUACCUGCUUCAUUACAUCAUGUGCCCUCUAUAUUGAUCUCGCUGUUAAACUUUUUUUUUUAUUCAUGUCAACGGAAACCUGUCACUGUUCCCUGCCUUUCUCCUGUCAGCUUCCCACGAAUCUGUGAAGGAAAGAAAGGAUAUGCUUCCAUGGUAUCGUGUCAGUAGUGUUAUCCAUUGAAGGAUUAGUUUAAACCUUUUUCCAAUGCAUUGGUUUUGUCUCCCAUUUUUCUGCCUUUUUAGGGUAUAUAUGUGAAAGAAGACAGAAUGUAAAUUUAGUCUAUAAUGUUCAUUGCAUCAUAUUACUGGGAAAAAUGUCCUUUGAGGAUAAACCGAGAAUCUAUUUCAAAACUAUAAUUUUUGUAUUCCAGUCUUCGUGUGCUU